CGGGGGGGAAAGCAGAGUGUGUCCGGGCCGUGGACGUCCUGACCGUGCUCCGGGAGAAAGUGGCCUUUGUGUCAGGUGGGCGGGACAAACGCGGCGGACCCAUCCUCACUUUCCCUGCCAGGACCAAUCACGAUCGAAUAAAACAGGAAGACCUCAGCCGAUUGGUCACUUACCUAGCAACCAUACCCAGUGAGGACGUGCGUGCGCGGGGCUUCACCGUGGUGGUGGACAUGCGGGGCAGUAAGUGGGACAGCGUGAAGCCGGUCCUGAGGACCCUGCAGGAGUCCUUCUCCUCCAGGAUCCACACGGCGCUGCUCAUCAAACCGGAGACCUUCUGGCAGAAGCACCGCACCAACCUGGGGAGCGCCAAGCUCAGCUUUGAG